CAGCUUUCUUUCCUCAGCUGCCGCCAAGGUGCUCGGUCCUUCCGAGGAGGCUAAGGCCGCGUUGGGGUGAGGUUCUCACUUCGUCCGGCGACUAGCACCGCGCCCGGCAGUCCGCACCAUGGCCUCCGUCUCCGAGCUCGCCUGCAUCUACUCUGCGCUCAUCCUGCACGACGAUGAGGUCACCGUCACGGAGGAUAAGAUCAACGCCCUCAUUAAAGCUGCCGGCGUGAAUGUGGAACCGUUCUGGCCUGGCCUGUUUGCAAAGGCCCUGGCCAAUGUUAACAUUGGAAGCCUCAUCUGUAAUGUCGGAGCUGGGGGUCCUGCUCCUGCAGCAGGUGCUGCCCCAGCAGGAGGUCCUGCCCCCUCUACUGCUGCUGCCCCAGCUGAGGAGAAGAAGGUGGAAGCCAAGAAGGAAGAGUCUGAGGAGUCUGACGAUGACAUGGGCUUUGGUCUUUUUGACUAACCCUCUUUGCAGCUUGUUCAAUAAAAAGCUGGACUCUGC